CUCACCAUGUUGUUGUGGGUGCCACAGGCACUGCUGGUCUUGCUUCUACCAACGCUCCUGGCACAGGGAGAAGCCAGGCGCUGGAGGCACCGCCAGUCCCAGAACGCCUCCAGGCCGGCUCUGCUGAGGCUGUCAGAUCACCUCCUGGCCAACUACGAGAAGGGCGUGCGGCCCGUGCGGGACUGGAGGAAGCCCACCACCGUGGCCAUCGACGUCAUUAUCUAUGCCAUCCUCAGCGUGGAUGAGAAGAACCAGGUUCUGACCACCUACAUCUGGUACCGGCAGUACUGGACAGAUGAGUUUCUCCAGUGGAACCCCGAGGACUUUGACAACAUCACCAAGCUGUCCAUCCCCACUGAGAGCAUCUGGGUCCCGGACAUUCUCAUCAAUGAGUUUGUGGACGUGGGGAAGUCUCCAAGCAUCCCGUACGUGUACGUUGGGCAUCACGGCGAGGUCCAGAACUACAAGCCCCUCCAGGUGAUGACCGCCUGUAGCCUCGACAUCUACAACUUUCCCUUCGAUGUGCAAAACUGCUCCCUGACCUUCACCAGCUGGCUGCACACCAUCCAGGACAUCAACAUCUCCCUGUGGCGCUUGCCGGAAAAGGUGAAGCUCGACAAGACCCUCUUCAUGAACCAGGGCGAGUGGGAGCUUCUGGGGGUGCUGACCCAGUUCCGGGAGUUCAGUAUGGAAGACAGCAACCAUUAUGCAGAAAUGAAGUUCUACGUGGUCAUCCGCCGGCGGCCCCUGUUCUAUGCGGUCAGCCUGCUGCUGCCCAGUAUCUUCCUCAUGCUCAUGGACAUCGUGGGCUUCUACCUGCCUCCAGACAGUGGCGAGAGGGUCUCCUUCAAGAUCACGCUCCUCCUGGGCUACUCGGUCUUUCUGAUCAUCGUGUCGGACACGCUGCCGGCCACCGCCAUUGGCACUCCCCUCAUUGGGGUCUACUUUGUCGUGUGCAUGGCGCUGCUGGUGAUGAGCUUGGCCGAGACCAUCUUCAUCGUGCGGCUGGUACACAAGCAGGACUUGCAGCAGCCCGUGCCCGCCUGGCUGCGGCGCCUGGUUCUGGGGCAGGUGGCCCUGCUCCUUUGCCUAGGCGAGCAGCCGGCUUCUCGAAGGUCCCCAGCCACCUCCCCAACCCCCAAGACCGAUGACUGCCCAGACGUGGGAAGCCCCUGCAACCACUUGGGAGUCCCCCGGGACUUGGAGAAGACCCCGAGGGGCCGAGGCAGCCCGCCCCCACCCCCGCGGGAGGCCUCGCUGGCUGUGCGAGGGCUGUUGCAGGAGCUGGUCUCCAUCAGGCGCUUCCUGGAGAAAAGAGACGAGAGCCGAGAGGUGGCCCGGGAGUGGCUGCGCGUGGGCUCGGUGCUGGACAGGUUGCUCUUCCGAAUCUACCUGGUGGCGGUGCUGGCCUACAGCAUCACCCUCAUCAUUCUGUGGUCCAUCUGGCAGUACUCUUGAGU